AUGGAGUUCACUGCAGUGGUGUUCUGUGGCAGAGGGAAGACUCUUGAGCCGUUCUCGGAAGCUCGUGGUACAGGGUUGCCCAAAGCGUUGUUACCGAUUGCCAAUGAACCAAUGAUCAAUUAUGUACUUGACUGGUGUCAGCGUGCUGUUUUGGCAAAAAUUCUCGUUGUGACGCAGGAGGAGACUAGCGAGUCAGUUGAAGCCACUAUUGAAAAGUAUAAGAAACUGAGGCGUGAACGAUUUGCAAAAGAAAGUGAUGGUUCAGAGGCUACUAAAUAUACAACGCCAAUCGAGAUUAUGCCAUUUACUGCUGAAAACAGUGCCCAAAUAAUCUACCAACUUUACAAAAAUACUCAAUUUAGGUCUCAUACUCAGAAUAUCAUGAUUUUGCCAUGUGACUUCAUCACGGAUUUGCCACCAGCAGUAAUUAUCGAAGCCUUUAGGAAUCGAAACGAAUCCGAUGUUGGGGUUUACUUUACGUACAAGAAUCAACUUGAAAUAGAGGAUAAGAAACUGAAAAUUUUCGGGAAAAAAUAUACUGUGUAUGACGGUGAUGCCGAUGACUCAUGUUUGCUUGAUGUAUAUGGGAAAGCUGAUAUUGAGAUGUCCAAAUUCUUGCGCAUUAGGACCCAAAUGAGUUGGAGAUACCCAAGAUCUAUCGUGAGCACAAAAUUGCUAAACAGUGGGAUAUUCUUAGCUUCGAAUCGGAUAUUCAAUAUCAUUGACGAAUCACCAAGCAAAUUUAGUGAACUUUAUUUUGAGAGAAGAAACUACGAUAAAUUUAUCCGCGAUUUAGCAAGGAGAUCUUGGAAACAUUCAAAGUCAAAGGAAACGGUGGGACUUUUUGUAGUUCCAUCUGAAGCAACAUUCAUUCGGGUCAACAAUCUACCGGUAUUGAUGGAAGCCAAUAGACAAUUUAUGAAAAAACAAGCUAUGAUGAAGGGCCAGACACUUCAAGGAUUGCAGCUGAAGGAUAAGCUUGCUGCUCACGUGGGAAAUGAUUCAAUAGUGGGUGAUGGAACUGAAUUGGGGGAGAAGACAAACGUAAAACGAAGUGUAGUUGGUCACAACUGUACUAUAGGGAAAAAAGUUAGAAUAACUGGAAGUUUGAUCCUUGACAACGUUACCAUUGGUGACGAUGUUCAGUUGGAAAACUGCAUCAUUGGCCAUCAUGUGAAAAUACAGCCAAAGUCGAAAUUGAUAAAUUGCAAUGUUGAGUCUACAAAUGACGUACCAACAGGGACCCAAGCUAAGGGCGACACUUUACUCUGCUUGAAUUUGGAGGCCGUAGAAGAUGGGGAAAGCGAGGAAGAGUUUGUUUUGAAAACUGGUCCUCUUAGUGACUCAAGUUCUGAUGAAGACGAUGACGACGAAGAUGACACCUCUGAAGACGAGAGUGAAUUUGAAGAUGAAUAUACCGCUAACGACGAUGGAUUAUUUGCAUAUUAG